UUCUAAGCGAUCGGUUUGCUUUUGUGUUAGCUCCGCCGCGCCAGCUGAAAUUAAAAAAUUGUAUCUCGAAAAUCGCAGCGAGUUUGUUCGUUUUUUUUCGACUGGCAUACGGAAGCGGCUAACGCAGAAUCCGGGAAAAAAGCAGACGAGGAACAGUGCUCCUUCGUUAAUUUUAUAAAUAAAUAUUUAAGAGCCACAUUCACGAUCUUGAAUAUAAUUUAUUUUACAAAAAAGCCAAAUGCCGCGUAUCUGCUUAAUGUCAGCGCGAAAACUCAAUUCAAUUUAUUGUUUGUGAUUGCCAAUUUGACAUAAUUGUGUUUUGAUUUAUUUGUGUGCCAGAGGAGGCAUCUUCAAAUAAGGCAAAUAUAAUCUGGCCACGAUUAUCUCCGAUUUUCUUCUACCGCAUUGAACUCGCGGGUCAGUUGGAAUUUGCUUGCCGAGUUGCCAUCGGGCGAAUUGAGAUAGCGGGACAUCACCGUCGAGAUGCCAGAAGUGACUUACCCCACCUUCUUCCUGCUGCUCUGCUGCACAAUCCUGCUGCUGGGAGCAGCGGCGUCAGGUGCACAGAGUGGCGGACUCAACGCCACUAGUCCGCACCAGAACCGAACCCAUCGAGGACAUGGUCACGGCCAUCGAACGCGUCAUCAGGGUAACUACUUGCCCACAAAUCUCAGGCAGCAGCGGAGACUACAGUCGCUAAAUCAGGCAAAAUCGGAUGUGGAGCUGCUGCCCGGGGUCACCAUGCAGGAGGUCACCCGAUUACGGCGGGUUCAGCCACAUAAUCCCUAUAAUAGAGUGCAGACACGACGCCUCCACCAGUCGCGAACCCCCUCCGAAUGGGACUAUAAUACUUAUAAUAUCCUCACCAACACGUUCGGUCCUCCUCCACCGCCGAUGCCGUCGUCAUCGAGAGCCGGAAAGGGCGAGGACAACACCCAGGAUGUGGAGUUCAUCGGGGUGAGGGAGCGGGGCAGGGGCUACUCCUUCGUGCCUUCGGUCAGCACCACCGCACCACCGCCGAAUCUGAAUAGGAGAUCUGCGAGUCCCGGCUUUGGCAGCAGCCUGGGCACCAUUCCUCCACUGGUUCCAGCCAGAAGGGGCUACGACUAUUCAACGACAACUCCCGUGCCAGCGAACAGCUUCACCACCGAGAAUCCCUUCGAGACGAACCUGAUUGGCAGGGGCUACCCCACGGAUCCCAAGGAAAUGGAAAGGCGGCACAUUUGCGUGCAGCAGCGAACGGUGACGAUGCCCGUGAAGCGGACGGAGGUCUACACCCGCCCCACCUGGAAGCACGUUCCCACCCCCUGUCAGCCGCCCACCUUCAACGGCCAGGUGUGCACCAAGGUUCAGGUGGUCCACGAGCAGGCCUAUAGGGACGUCAUCGAUCACAAGACCGCCCAGCAGAUGACCUACGACUGCUGCGCGGGUUGGAGCCGAGAAAAUUCGAAGGCGGAUGCGUGCAUGAAACCUAUUUGCUCCACGCGCUGUCAAAAUGGAGGUAAUUGUACGGCUCCGAAUACCUGCAGUUGUCCAUCUGGUUACACAGGACGUCACUGCGAACAGGAUGUGAACGAAUGCCACACGGAGAAGCCCUGUGAUCAGCAGUGCGUUAAUACUCCGGGAUCCUACUUCUGCCGCUGUCGCCAGGGAUUCGUCCUGCAACCGGAUCAGCAGAGCUGCAAGAAGGUGUCCUCCCACGCAGACGACGCCUUCGAGGCUCGAGAUCUGGAGAACGACAUCGACGACACGGAUGCCGAGGUGGUCACGCGGCUCCAGAAGAUCGAAAGGUCCUUGGCCAACGAGCGGAUUCACACCAACGAGCUGCAAAAGUCACUUCAGGCUACUUACAGUGUGGUGGACACACUCAAGAGUCGGCUGAGCACGCUGGAAAAACAGACUCAGGAUGUCAGUCGACUGCAGACGAAUCUGUACAAAACAGAAUCGCGGACCAACAAGCUGGAGGGGAUGCUCAAUCUCCUGCUGAAGUGCCGGAACGGUCCCAAUGCCAACUGCCCCUAAACAGAACUGCAUUUCCCUACGCUAUUAUUAAAUGUUAGUUAACUUAAUUGACCACUCUGUUCACGUGUAGCUGCUCCUGCUUGUAAGCCAUUCCCGAAUGCGAGUCGAGUGUCUCCGUAGUCUCUAGAACCAGCCCUCGGAUCGGGCUAUUAGUACUUAAGCGAACGUGUCAUAAAUGUAUCGAGAUCUGAAGUUAUAGCCAUAAGCGCACCACCGCACUAUGCACCGCCCAAAGUGGGUGGUGCACCGAUUAAUUUCUGCAUGUAUCUGUAUAUAAUUUUAAUGUAUAUGAGAAAUCACUGCACAAAUAAAUGCAUUUUCUGAUUCAAAA